CGUUACAUUUGAGCUAAACGCGGGGCCAUUUGUAUAGAAUUGAUAUGACAUGUAUAUUAUCUGGAAUACUUCCAUCCACAUCAUAAAAUAAUGUCACGUUACCCAGAUAGUUUUGGAUUUUACAAAAUCUGAUAAAAUAAAAUUUCUAAUUGCAAUCAGGUCAUGAUCCAGCCUGGUAUGAUUGUACAACAGAUGAAAUGAGAGCGUACCUGGGCCUGCUCAUCAUCAUGGGUAUUAACAAGUUACCGGACUACAAACUCCACUGGAGCAAAAAUAAGUUUCUCGCAAAUCGUGGGUUAUUCAUGUAAUGCCAGUCCGAAGAUACGAGAAGAGAACUCAGUACCUCCAUUGUAGUUCCGCGGACACUGAUGACCCGCUCUGUAAAAUUCGCCCCAUCUUGAAGUUGAUAUCGGAAAAUAUCUCAAAACGUUACAAACCCCGACAAUACCAGGCAAUUGACGAGGGUAUGAUCGCCUAUAAAGGGCGCCACAAGGCUAAACAGUAUAUUCCAUCCAAACCAACACGUUGGGGGCUGAAAGUUUGGUUACGAUGUAACAGUGUUAUUGGCUUUUGUCAUCAAUUGGACCUGUAUCUCGGCAGAGAUCAAUACAGAGGGAUCAGGACAUCUGUUGGUCAUGCGGUUGUGGAAAAAUUGACCAAAGGAUUGGAAGGAAGGAAUUUCCAAUUAUUUUAUGACAGUUUUUUCACAUCUAUAGCCCUUGCGAGGUCACUACUUGAAAAGAGGAUAUUUUCGUGUGGAACAAUCAUAAGAAACAGGAAGGGAUUUCCAUCACAUUUGAAGAACCUACCUCGCAUGUCUCAAGGAGAAUAUGUCAUACGGUGGAGUGGGUGAACAGAUGUUUCAACCUCCAUUUCAAUGUCCACUGCAGUUGGUGCUCUGGAGUCAGGAAUGUUCCACAUAUAUAUGUGCCAUGCCUAAUUAUUUAAAACAUUUUUUUUAAAUUGUUGAGUGUACAUUUCAUUUGGAUUUUCUUUUAAACUAGACUAUACUUUAAGGAGUUUCUUUUUAAAUUUUAAAAGAUCAUUAUGAUACUUUAAUGUCUCAUGCAAUAUGCCUGUAUAUCACAUUAAGACUAUACAGGUAUAUAUUUGAAUGAUUUGU